AUGCAACGACGUAUAUCGCAACAAGAUGUAACCCGUCUAGACACCAUACAUGAGGUGGACACCGCUGUAGUCGACACCACGGGCGUCGAGACGAUUGGUUUCUCCGUGGCCAUAGCAGCAGACAAUGGUGGACACCAGGAAGACUCACAAGAGCUGUCGGCUCCAGACAGUGAUAAGCCAGGCAGGCGAUGCGACAUCGCCAUGGUACUACCCUGCUGCAUCCAGCAGAGGGUAAGACGAUCCUCCUCCACUUCGUUGGCCACGCAGCCACCGACCAGCAGAGGGCCGCACACGUGUGAAUAUAGGGACUGGAACUUGAACUGUGAGUCGCUCGGCUCCGACAUCGAGCCGUUCAAUGUCAGAAUCCGUGAAGCAGGGGACCAAGGGAGUCCCUCGCGUCACGUCACGGUGUUGUUCCACCCUUGUUCCAAGAAGGUCGCCUGGGCCGCGUUGCGGCUGCUGUACGGGGACAACGUGGAAGUUGUAGGCGACCGCGGCGCCGGAGAAGCUUCGAAUUUGGCGGUCAAACUCGACAUGAGUAUUCAUUGUGCAUCCGAGACUGUUGUAGGGGACCUGAGGGGCGAAUUUGGGGCGGACUGGGAGACCAUUGUACGCGCGCAUCUGCGUGCGGAUCCGGCGCGCGAGAUUUUGGUUUUCGUGAACAAGGUGCCAACAAACGAUUCAGCUUCGCCAACGAGUCGAAGUACCUUGAGUAGCAGUACCUUGAGUGGCAGUACCUUGAGUGGCAGUACCUGGAGUGACACUACGUGGAGUGGUAGUACCAUAGCUAACGGGUAA